ACACAACUCGAGCUUAGCGUUUGAUAAGACACAUCAAAAGAAUUGCCCACUGCACAGAGAUAAGAACUUAGUAUUAUGGAUCACGAACUUCUGAACACGAAAUUCGAUUUGCCCAAGAGCCCGGCGCCAACUCUACACAAUGAUGAUAGUGAUGAUAAUGAUGUAGAGUUCGUUGGCACAAUAGCGCCACCUACUGGCGAAUGGCAUUGGCAUCCCAAUCAGAAUCUGGCCACAGUGCCGCCGCUUUUAGUCACUCCCCCACUCUCCCCGCUGGGCAUGGGCAUGCAACAGCCGAACAUGCCGCUCCUGACCGCAAUCCUGGCCCAGAAUAACGGCGCCUACCCCCCUCAGGGCUAUAUAGUCCACAUACCCUGCUUUCUGUGCCAACAACCCUUCAAUGACAUCGACAGGCUCCGGGAGCACCUGACCAUGCACGCCGCACAGUUGAACUACCACGGGCGAUCACCUGCAGUGGAGGCACCCAAUCCGUGCCCCCUGCCCACGCCAGCCGGGAUUAAGGUAAACGGUGUGCACAGCCAGCUGACAAAGAAUAUGUCAGAUCCACCGACACAGGGCCCGAAAGUCAUCAGAUCCACAAUGUGCCUGCAGGCACAUCUGAAGCAGCACCGCCUGCCCCAUGAAGCCCACGAUAAAUGGUGGACCAGAAAGCAAUUGAGAUGCCCCAUCUGCAGGAAGAGCUACAGGCGUGACAGCUUUCUGCUCAAGCACAUGGCCUACAAGCACGGCGAACAGUUGGAACAGACCCGCCCGGAGUGUCCUCCAUGUCCUCCAUGUCCUCCAUGUCCGCCACGUCCGGCACUUGCUGCCGAGCGGGAUCAGCCCAAACGUUGCGUUUAUAGCACGAAUCUGUUAAAUGCCGUUGCGGCGGCCAACUACAGCCCGGCCACGGAAUCCGCCGCGAAAUACGUGCCACCCAGCGACACGGCCCUGGAUACCAGCCUGAGGGCGCCGCCCAAGCAGAAGUACGCGCUGCGUUCGCCCUACUUUAAUCCAAAUCUCUGGCUGAUGAGUUCUUUAUUUGCCCAGCUCCACAGACUAUAUACUUAUAUACUAUAUAGAUUGAAUCUGAAUGUGCAAAAAAUACUGCUGAUAAUGCAAAAAUGGAAUGGAAAUAAACAAAACGCUGUUGAUAAAGCUGGAAAUGCGAUCGGUCGUCGCUCGAUCAGCAUUAAAAUGUUGCGAUCAUUUCAGUUGGGAUCCAGGCCUGAGCCGGAAAGCAACAGGCUCUCGAUCAUAUUACAUUUGCGUGUGGAAUCGUUGAAUGGACUCGUAACCUUGGCAGCAACAUGGCGUUCAAUAUGCAUGUAUCUGAGAGACAUGCUGAACCAAUUGUCAUCGCUGUCAAAUGAUCAAAUUCCUAUCGAAGCACGAAAUCGACAAAUGUAUAAGAGAACAUCUGCCCAAAUGGAAGAGAGCGAAAAUGACGAUUGUCGCAUUGUGGAGCUGGAGGAGGGUGGCAUUAACUGUUUCCUAUGCCAGCAGCUGUUCACGGACAUUGAUGAGUUGCAGCAACACUUUCUGACUCACUUUGCGGAAUGUCCCGAAAAUACAACUACAAAAUUUGUCAAUUGCGAUGUUUGCGGCCGAAGCUUACGCUCCGAACAGGAGUUGCAUAAGCACCACGAACGUUUCCAUGCGGCACACCUGAUUAAAAAGGAUAUCGAAACUCGAAAUCGAUUUCAAUGUGAACAGUGCAAUAAUGUCUACCUGAGCCUUGAUUUCCUGGAGAAACACAUACAAUUGGCACACAAUGUGGGGCAGACGUUUGCCCAGGCUCCUCCUCCUGCACAGCCGAAACAGAGGACAGCUGUGUUUCUUAAUCCACCUGCAAAACAAAAAUAUCCACCAAGGUCGCCCUUCUUCAAUCCAAAUCUUUGGUUGGACUGCGAUGCCUAUAUUUUCUUUCAUCAUACGAAGAUCGGACUUUGUCCUGACCAACUGGCUGAUUGGUGAUCAAGGCACAGUCCACUAUAGUCACCUUAUCUGAUUCGAUUUGCUUCAAACAAGGCUCUCUCUUAAGAAAUUAAUGAAUACGUGUUUCGUAGAUUUGGGAAAUUCCACCCGCAACAGUGGUAAAUUGGCGGAAAACGGUUGUAUGAAAGUUUUCUCCUUACCGUGCGAUCGGCUCAAAACUCAUUUUCAAAGAUCUUGGAGAGAAUUUAUUUGAAACAUGCCACGGGGCAAGGCCUGCCAACCUUAUUCUUGGUCAAAAU